AACCCAUUCAUGACUCAAACCCAAAUUUGACUCAACUCGCCCAUUUGCUAGCUAGGCCUAGCAAUGAAUCUCAGUCCGUUUCCUGAGUUGCUUCUUAAUUCUGGAUAUGGCCUGACUGAAUCGACUGCGGUUGGAACUCGUGGCUUCAAUACUGCCAAAUUUCAGAAAUAUUCUUCAGUGGGACUUCUGGCACCAAACAUGCAAGCUAAAGUGGUGGACUGGAAUACUGGAUUUUUCUUGCCUCCUUGUAGCUCUGGUGAGCUCUGGCUAAGAGGGCCUGGAGUUAUGCAAGGAUACUUCAAAAAUUCAGAGGCGACCACGAUGACAGUUGACAAGGAUGGUUGGCUGCAUACUGGUGAUAUUGUUUGUUUUGACAAAGAUGGAUAUAUGCACAUAUCUGACCGUAUGAAAGAGAUUAUAAAGUACAAGGGCUUUCAGAUUGCUCCUGCUGAUUUAGAGGCUAUACUGAUUGCUCACCCUGAGAUACUUGAUGCUGCUGUAACAGCCGCCAAAGAUGAAGAGUGCGGGGAGAUCCCUGUAGCAUUUGUUGUGAAGAAGCCAGGGCCGGACAGUGUGCUUUGCGAGGAAGCUGUCAUCAACUAUGUUGCUAAGCAGGUUGCACCUUAUAAGAAAGUAAGAAAGGUGAUUUUCACUCCCUCUAUACCAAAAUCUGCAGCUGGGAAGAUCCUCAGAAGAGAACUCAGGACCUUAUUGAAGUCUACACUUUAAAAUCUCAAUUUCAUUUCACUAUUAUUAUUAUUAUUAUUUUUUUAAGGAAUAAUACCAAAAUCUGCAUCAAUUCAUGCUUGAGGCAGAGAAUAACACGCAUUUCAUUAUUGAAAACCAGCAAGAAACGAAGUACGCUAAAACUUGUUUUAUUUGAUUUUUAUCUUGUUAUUUGAUAUUAGUUAAAUAUAAGAGUGUUUGCAUU